CAUCAGCCAUAAGUCACCAGUCAAAGUAAAGAGAGUAUGUGCUUCUUCCAGCAUCAUCUUUCUGCUGCUUGAUCAUAAAUUUAAUCUUUACCCUGUACCCUGAUAAAGUGACAACAUGUGCAAGCUCACUGUAACUGCAGGUCUCUGUUUGAUCCUCGCCAGUUUGGCCUCUUCCUCAGCCUCUUCUCUCAAGCUGGUGUGUUAUUAUGACAGCUCGGCUGUUAGGAGAAACAAGGAUGGGAGGUGCACAGUUUCAGAUAUCGACCCGAACAUUUGCACCCAUCUGAUCUACGCCUAUUCUAACAUUAACAACAAAAACAAGCUGUCCCCGAACAGAGCAACUGACAUACAGCGCUAUCAACGCUUUAAUAGUCUCAAAAACAGAAAUCCACAGUUAAAAACCCUGUUGGCAGUUGGUGGAUUAAACAUUAACGCACAAAGAUUCAGCGCAAUGAUGGAAACAAAACAAAGCAGGACUAUGUUUAUCAGGUCUGCUAUCACACUACUGAGAGAAAAUGACUUUGAUGGGAUAAACCUUGACUGGAUGGACCCUGGAAGAGCUGGAAAAACCCAGAACAGACAGAGAUUUACACUGCUGUGCAAGGAGCUGAAAGAAGCCUUUGUGGCUGAGGGAACAGCAGCUAACCGUGACAGAUUACUCCUCACUGCUAGUGUCUCUGCUGAGAAAGCAAUCAUCGAUGCCUGUUAUGAAGUUGCAGAGAUUGCCAAGUGCCUGGAUUUCAUCAAUGUGCUGACAUUUGACUUUCACGGCCCCUGGGAAAGUGUCACAGGACAUCACAGCCCCUUAUUUCAGGGAUCCCAGGACACUGGAAAUCAAACCUACUUGAACACUGAUUUUGCCAUGCAGUACUGGCAGGACCAGGGAGCACCCAGAGAAAAGUUAAACAUGGGGAUUGCGGCAUACGGGCGAGCUUUUCACCUCUCUUCUGCAUCCAGUGUUGUUGGAGCACCAGCCAAUGGUCCCAGUAGAGAAGGCUGCUAUACCUGUGCAAAAGGAUUAUGGGCCUACUAUGAGAUUUGCCUUUAUGUUGACGAUGCUAAAAUCCGACUGAUUACUGAUCAGAAAGUUCCAUAUGCUACCACAGGAAAUCGCUGGGUUGGAUUUGACAACAAAGACAGCCUUGACACUAAGGUCAGUUACAUAAAAGUUAACAAUUUUGGAGGAGCCGUUGUCUGGUCUCUGGACCUGGAUGACUUUAGUGGGCAGUUCUGUAAAGAGAGCAACUACCCCUUCAUCAGCCACCUGCAUACUCUCCUGGUUCCAGGAUUUCCUAACCAUAGGAUGACAACUCCCAACACCAAAACCACCCUGACCACUACGAGAACACCCACUACCACCACAUCGGAACAACCUCCUGACCACUGUAACGGGCAGCUCUCUGGGAUCUUCCCUAACCCUGAUGACCCAAGCACUUAUUACAACUGUGCUCAUGGGAUAGCCUACCUGCAAAGUUGCCCAGAAGGACAAGUUUUUAGCCCAGCUUCCUUGACUUGUGUCACAGCUACAACUGCCACCUCUUCUGACCACUGUUAUGGGCAGCUCUCUGGACACUUCCCCAACCCCAAUGACCCAAGCACUUAUUACAACUGUGCUCAUGGGAUAGCCUACCUGCAAAGUUGCCCAGAAGGGCAAGUUUUUGGCACAGCUUCCUUGACUUGUGUUAUAGCUACAACUACACCCUCAUCUGACCACUGUAAUGGGCAGCUCUCUGGGCACUUCCCCAACCCUGAUGACCCAAGCACUUAUUACAACUGUGCUCAUGGGAUAGCCUACCUGCAAAGUUGCCCAGGAGGACAAGUUUUUGGCACAGCUUCCUUGACUUGUGUUACAGCUACAACUACCCCCUCCUCUGACCACUGUAAUGGGCAGCUCUCUGGGCACUUCCCAAACCCCAAUGACCCAACCACUUAUUACAACUGUGCUCAUGGGAUAGCCUACCUGCAAAGUUGCCCAGAAGGGCAAGUUUUUGGCACAGCUUCCUUGACUUGUGUCACAGCUACAACUACCCCCUCCUCUGACCACUGUAAUGGGCAGCUCUCUGGGCACUUCCCAAACCCCGAUGACCCAAGCACUUAUUACAACUGUGCUCAUGGGAUAGCCUACCUGCAAAGUUGCCCAGAAGGGCAAGUUUUUGGCACAGCUUCCUUGACUUGUGUUGCAGUUACAACUGCCACCCCUUCUGACCACUGUAAUGGACAGCUCUCUGGGCACUUCCCCAACCCUGAUGAGCCAAGCACGUAUUACAACUGUGCUCAUGGGAUAGCCUACCUGCAAAGUUGCCCAGAAGGGCAAGUUUUUGGCACAGCUUCCUUGACUUGUGUCACAGCUACAACUACCCCCUCCUCUGACCACUGUAAUGGGCAGCUCUCUGGGCACUUCCCAAACCCCAAUGACCCAAGCACUUAUUACAACUGUGCUCAUGGGAUAGCCUACCUGCAAAGUUGCCCAGAAGGGCAAGUUUUUGGCACAGCUUCCUUGACUUGUGUUGCAGUUACAACUGCCACCCCUUCUGACCACUGUAAUGGACAGCUCUCUGGGCACUUCCCCAACCCUGAUGAGCCAAGCACGUAUUACAACUGUGCUCAUGGGAUAGCCUACCUGCAAAGUUGCCCAGAAGGGCAAGUCUUUGGCACAGCUUCCUUGACUUGUGUUAUAGCUACAACUACACCCUCCUCUGACCACUGUAAUGGGCAGCUCUCUGGGCACUUCCCCAACCCUGAUGACUCAAGCACGUAUUACAACUGUGCCCAUGGGAUAGCCUACCUGCAAAGUUGCCCAGAAGGGCAAGUUUUUGGCACAGCCUCCUUGACUUGUGUUACAGUUACAACUGCCACCCCUUCUGACCACUGUAAUGGGCAGCUCUCUGGGCACUUCCCCAACCCUGAUGACCCAAGCACUUAUUACAACUGUGCUCAUGGGAUAGCCUACCUGCAAAGUUGCCCAGAAGGGCAAGUUUUUGGCACAGCUUCCUUGACUUGUGUUACAGCUACAACUACCCCCUCCUCUGACCACUGUAAUGGGCAGCUCUCUGGGCACUUCCCAAACCCCGAUGACCCAAGCACUUAUUACAACUGUGCUCAUGGGAUAGCCUACCUGCAAAAUUGCCCAGAAGGGCAAGUUUUUAGCACAGUUUCCUUGACUUGUGUUUAACUAGAGAGUUGGAAAUAAUUAAUUUCGCUGUCCACGAGUGUUAAUAUUUACACUUACCAAAGAAUGGAGGGUUCUAUCAAAAGCUGAUAUAUUUAGAAGUUUUUACAAUCAAUCAAUAUAUGGUUAUUGCAAUUGUAGAUUUAUUUAACUCUGUUAUAUAGGUGUGUUCUUGUUUAUAUGUAGUGGAAUACCACUUACUGUACUCCAAAUGAUAAUUUUCACUUGAUUACCACAACAAACAAUGGAAAUGCUCCAGCUUAUUCAAAACACAGCAACCAGUCAUUACUCAUACAGACAAAGCUACUAGUACUUCAUUUACUUCUCUGUCUCAAAGUAAGAUACAAAAUCCAUUUUGAGAUUCUAUUAAUAAAAAAAAAACUCUUGUUCAUGAUAGUAUGUUAAAAUGUGGUUGUUGGGGUUUCUGAUUUUGUUUUCUUUUGUGUUCUGUAUUUAUUUAAAAGGAUCCGCAUUUGCUGAUUCCUAUGGCACCAGCCAGUCUUCCUGGGGUCCAAAAUUCAGUACAUUAUGUUCAUCACAUACAUACACAUACAUGUUGUACAAAGGCGUGUGUUUGAUGUACAUCAAAUUCAGCACAAAAGACUCUAUACAAUAUUGUGUCUGUGGUACCCUAUUUUUGUCACAUAUGUACUUUGAAUUAUGUUACAUCAAGAGGUUGUAGAAGUUCACUUAAGCAUCCAUACUGAUGAUGUUCUUCUUAUUAAGUUAGUCUCAUGAUCCCCUCAUAUAUUCGACUCAAGGGCCAUCGCCAAGGGGCAAGAACAAUUUGUAACCCCCACUGGACAAUUAUCUGCUUAAGUAAUGCUAGUAAUUUUGUUGUUUGAAUAAAUACUUAAAUAUUAGGCAGAAAAUAAAAUGUGCAUGAAU